GUGAGGCUACUGGCUUGGUGGUGGCAUUUGACCUUGCUUUUCCUUGUCUGGUUGGGAGACACCCCCCCAAGUUUGGAGCAUCUGUACAUGGAAUAUGAAGAGGAUGAUGAUAUUUCCUUUGCAAAAUGGAUGAGCAGCUUCUGGGGCCACAACUUGAUCGAUGAGAGUGAGAAAGAGGGUAGAGGCCACAAGAAACGUCAGACACGACCCUUUAGUGAAAGGAGAGCCUCCCUUCCGGCCACACUUUCCUCCCUCCAUACAACACGACUUCAUGCUUCUACCAAAGGCUCAUCUUCAGGCCAUCUCAAGGGCUCCAAGGAAUUUCAAGAAGACCAAGAUGUCAGAUGCCACUGCCACAGGAAGGCAAGCAGAACACCUUCAGGAGACAGCUCGUGCCCAGAGACAAGAUCAAACUCCAUCCAGGAAUUUGCAGAGUCCUUUGAAAAGCAAUUGCAUCUCAAAAGCAAACGCUCAGUUUCUUUGCAACCUGAAGGCAUGAAGGAGAGAAGAGAAAGAGAAAGAUUGCAUUUGAGAAAAAGCAAGUCUCACAAGAGAAUGGGAGAGAAAUCAGAGCCAAGGAGAGAGCAGGAAGAAGAUGAAGGUUCAGAAGUUGUACCUGCAAAACACAACGAACAGUUUCCAUCACAAGCAAGCAUUGAGAAAGGAUAUUUAUGCACAGGCAGCUAGAAUGCAUUGAGAUAAUGAAUUUUAACACUCCCCCUGAAGAGCAGAGGGAGCAUUCUUGUUGUGUUUUGACUAGAAGAGGCCUGUAAGAUAGAAUAAACCCUAACCUGUAAAAUAAAAGUAAAAUUCAAUUGCAUCAUU